GACGUCACAGGGCGUUCCCGCCCAGGACUGAGCCGGGGAGCGCAUCCCGGCUACUGCGGGUCCUGGGUCUUCACCUGCGGAGCCAUACGGCAGCCGAGCGGUGGGAGGGACCUGAGCCGCGGCGCUAGGAUGGGAAACAGUGCGCUCCGCGCUCAUGUGGAAACGGCGCAGAAAACUGGUGUCUUUCAGCUUCAGGACCGAGGGCUGACCGAGUUCCCCGCAGACUUGCAGAAGCUGACGAGCAAUCUCAGGACCAUCGACUUGUCCAACAACAAGAUCGAAAGCCUACCGCCUUUGCUGAUAGGAAAGUUCACUCUGCUGAAGAGCCUCUCCCUGAACAGCAAUAAACUGACUGUUCUGCCUGAUGAGAUAUGCAAUUUGAAAAAACUAGAGACGCUAAGCCUAAACAACAAUCACCUUAGAGAGCUGCCAUCUACCUUUGGGCAACUCUCUGCCCUCAAGACCCUGAGCCUCUCUGGAAACCAACUAGGAGCAUUACCUCCCCAACUUUGUAGCCUACGGCACCUGGAUGUGAUGGAUCUUUCUAAGAACCAGAUUCGAAGUAUACCUGACACAGUGGGAGAGCUGCAAGUCAUCGAACUCAACCUCAACCAGAAUCAGAUAUCUCAGAUCUCAGUGAAGAUAUCUUGCUGUCCUCGCCUUAAAAUUCUUCGCCUGGAAGAGAAUUGUCUUGAGCUCAGCAUGCUUCCCCAGAGUAUCCUCAGUGAUUCCCAGAUCUGUCUGCUUGCUGUGGAAGGCAAUCUUUUUGAAAUAAAGAAACUUCGAGAACUGGAAGGCUAUGAUAAGUACAUGGAGAGGUUCACAGCCACCAAGAAGAAGUUUGCGUGAAGUUCUCCAGGACUAUGGAAACCUUACAGGAUACUGACUUAGAACAUCUGUUGGAAUGUGGCUGAGUCAAAGCCUCCUGUUCUUGUUAGGGGUAUCUACAGUAAGGAGAUGAUACUCCAGGAGAUUAUAUUUCACUCAAUGAUCUUUUUUCAUUUCAGGGCUCUUCUCAAAUAAGCUAAAAGAAAAAGGAUCAGGAGACAGGAAAAGUCUUCCGUUUUGAGUCACGAGUAGGGCAACAGACAAGGUUGAUCUUCAAAACCAUCAUUAGUUUGGCUUUAAGAAACCAGUAGCUAGCUGCUAUUUAUAUGGUGAGGGGGUGCUGCCUGGUAACAGAAUAGCUGCACGCCACAGCUUGAGAUUUUGUUUAGUUUCAAUGUGUGAGCUUUCAUAAAGUCAGUUGCCAUUCCAUCUCUGUGUUAACACUUCAUAUUUUUAUGAAAUUCAGAUAAUUUGUGAGAGGCUGGCAUGGAUCUAAGGAUUUAUUAUUUUUAUUCUAGUCCAUCAGUUCAGUCGCAGUUUUUAUACUAGGACUUUAGGAUGUACAUAAAUGUGUGACUGUUUGUCUUGAUUAAAAGUGCACUUCGUGCCGGGCAUGGUGGCUCAUGACUAUAAUCCCAGCACUUUGGGAGGCCAAGGCGGGUGGCUCACUUGAGGCCAGAAGUUCAAGACUAGUGUGGCCAACAUGAGGAAACCCUGUCUCUACUAAAAAUACAAAAAUUAGGUGGUGCAUGCUUGUAAUCCCAGCUACUUGGGAGGCUGAGGCAGGGGAAUUGCUUGAACCCAGGAGGUGGAGGUUGCAGUGAGCCGAGAUUAUGCCACUGUACUCCAGCAUGGGUGACAGAGUGAGACUCUGUCUCAAAUUAAAAAAAUAAAAAAUUAAUUUUUUUUUUAAAGUAUGCUUUUUUGGCUGGGUGCGGCGGCUCACGCCUGUAAUCCCAGCACAUUGGGAGGCCGAGGCAGGCGGAUCACGAGGUUAGGGGUUCGAGACCAGCCUGGCCAACAUGGUGAAACCCUGUAUCUACUGAAAAUACAAAAAUUAACUGGGCGUGGUGGUGGGUACCUGUAAUCCCAGCUACUCGGGAGGCUGAGGCGGGAGAAUUGCUUGAACUUAGGAGGCAGUGGUUGCAGUGAGCCGAGAUCAUGCCAUUGCACUCCAACUCUGGGCAACAGAGCAAGACUCUGUCUCGGGGGAAACAAAAAAAAAAGUGUGCUUUGUCAAGAGAAGCACCAACAGACCUCUAAGAAAUGCUCUCUAAGGCUGCGGUAGCAAAUUAUUUACUAUUGCAGGUGCCUUAUUGGUAGAGGGCUCUGAAGAACUAAAACUGUAUAUGCAACACUUGUAAGAUAAAAGGGACUUUCGUAAUCAAGAUUUUCUUGAAGAUUUGUUAGAAAUAAUGUCUUAUUUCUGGUGACUUUUCCCUUUUUGUAUUUAUAACUCUACUAACCAAAUUACCUAUCAAUAAACCAUUACUAUAAUAUUUUAAAACAACCUAUGUCUAUCAAGCUUACUCUCUGAGUGAGAGAAUAUACUAAAGAAUUUUUUAAUGAA